UUAGAGAACCAAACCAAACCCAACCCAGUAGAAGAAAACCGAUAGGCUUAAAAGAAAGAAGAAACCGAAACACAGGCGAUUUCUGGGAUUUUUCAUUUCAAAUUCUCCCAUCGAAAAACCUCGACCUCUUUCUCUCUCAACAAUGGCGACGAGUAAGAGCUACUUCGCUCGGCCGAACUACCGGUUUCUCCCCGGCGACCGCGACUACCACCACCACCACCACACGGCGGUGGCGGCCGACUCCGCGGCAUUCGAACUCGACGAGUCGGACAUCUACAACUCGGCGCGCUCCAACUCGCCCGAGUUCCGCAAGCCGAUCUCGUCGUCGCGGCUGAUCUCGAAGAAGGCCUCGUCGAAGCGAUCGUCGGGCGAUCCGGCCGUUGACCUGACCGGCGCGACGGCGGCGUCGCUUCCGGUGAACAUUCCGGACUGGUCGAAGAUUCUGAGGGACGAGUACAGGGACAACCGGACGAGAGACAGCAUCGACGACGACGACGAUGACUUUAACGGCGGCGGCGACUGCGACGAGGGCGUUAGGGUUCCGCCUCAUGAGUUCCUGGCGAGGCAGAUGGCGCGGACAAGGAUCGCCUCCUUCUCGGUGCACGAAGGGAUUGGGAGGACUCUCAAAGGGAGGGAUCUGAGCAGGGUUCGAAACGCAAUUUGGGAGAAAACCGGCUUCGAAGAUUAGAAACAAAAAUCAAUUGAGGAAAUGAAAAAGAAAAUAUAACACCGGGAAUUUACGGAAUAUAUUUGUUAGGAAAUUUUAAUCCUCCAUAGCGGAAGAUGUUGGAGUACAACUCUUGCUUAUCAGACGAGACCCACGAGGCGAUAAUAGAUGGUUCCAAUGGGGUUGCUUUCUUCAAAAUUUUUUAAAUUUAUAUCUCAAUUAUACGUAAUUUAAUAAAGUUUUGUUUACUUAUUCAGACAAUGACGAAAUCCUAUACGAGCAUCGGAUCUUGUAAAAAAUUAAUUGUCUAUAUAUUAGUAGUUGGGAGUGUGGCUAAGCGAGAAGAUUGGAUAAUUGGAUUUCUUGUUAAAUAAUUGGAAAUUAUCCAAUUGACUGAUA